AUGUCUCUCGCGGCAGGGGCCGCAGCCCUGCGACUCCUCGCCAGAAACCUGGCGAGGACGAGCAAAAUGCUGCGCUCCAAGCUUGCCGCCGCCACGCGUGCUGAGCUCCAGCCCAUCCCCGUCCGCGUCGCUCCUCGCCAGCCGUUACACCCCGCUGCCCGUAUAUGCCAGCAGAAGCAGCAGUACGGCGGUGCGAAAUGGUACUCGACGGGCCCGUAUGCCAACAACCUCAAUGUCGCCAUCCGACGCUAUCUCAGCACCGCGGGCCGCGCUGGCCAUAGCUCGGGUCCGCGCUUCGACCGGUCGAAGCUGCCCGUCUCCAACACCUCCCGGGCCGUCUCCCUGCUCACCGGCCGUGCCCCCUUCGCGUCUACCCUGCGUCCUAACCUCACGGGUGGAGCAUUGCCCCGCACCGCCGGCGGAUACGCCAUGCCGGGCGCUAGCCGUGGGGGCGCCCGCUACUUUAGCCACACCCCCGCGGCUCCUGCUCAGGUCGUGCAGAACGUCAGCCAAGCGAUGCGUGCCUUUUGGCUGUCAGGCCACCGUGCCCGGUACGAUGGCGUCGGGCCCAACGGAGAGAAGCGGUACUGUGCCAUCAGUGCCUCGCAGGAGGAGGCCCGCAGCCGCGUUGCUCACUACGUGCAGCGCAGCGUCCCGGGGUCCUUCAUUGACUUCCACCUAAGCCCCACCGUCACGGCUCUGAGCCCUCUCGGCAUUGUCUUUCCCUUUGCCACCGCCGAGACCUUCGGCCUGAGCACCAAGCCACAAGCUAGCGCUGCUACCCUCGGUGCCGAGGGUUUCCUGGACGUCCUGUCCGUCGACUUUGCGCGCUCUUUGAAGGACCUCGCGGCCAUAAUGACAGACCUCCAGAGGCUUUCAGGCUUGGGCGACCUGCCCGUUACCCUGGAGAAGAACAGCGUGUUACGGGUGCGGUUUCCCGGGGUGGAUGCCGAAACCGUUGAGCGGCUGUGCGACGACGUUGGUGUGCAGCGGGGCGUUAUCAGGCAGGACGCAGACUUUGACGCUAGCGUUGGCGUGUCGCUCGCCCUGCGCUUCCCCUUUGCCCCCGACGGCGAUGAGCAAAAGACCAUCACGUCGCCCGGAGGGUCGCUGAGAUCCCAUAACUCGGAGGCUUCGGAUAUGGGAGACGCCUUCUACGACGAGUACGACAACAACCCCUGGCUAUCUUCGCCCUCUCAAUCCGAGGGCUACGCGAGCAUGUCGCCCCCGGUCCUGAGCAGCUCCGGAGAGCAUUGCUCGGAGGAUUUCGAGGGCCUGGAGGGCAUCUAUAGGUUCCUAGAGGAGUGCGACCGCGCGAGAACGCGGUUUUGA